UCUCGAUGUAAACGGAAUGGGUGAAGCUCGUGAAGGAAAACAUUGCACGUCAAACAAUGGGAUUUUCCUCUAAAAUUAGGAGAGGCUAGUUCACUGUUUCCUAAACACAGCACCUCCAUUUGAAUUGCUUGAGAGGAGUUGGAUGAGAGGAUCGUCAGGGGAAGAUUGCUCUUCAUCCGAAAAAAAUCAGAAUGCGCUUGUGAAGGAGUGUCGAGCUGUAUCACGAUGGAUGUAGAUGUUGGUGGGGCCAGUGUAUCGGACAGCGAGGGUUGUGGAAGCGGGCCGUCAUCCUCAGGGCACGGAGGGCAGAGCGGAGGGGGAGGAGGAAGCAAGCUGAAGAGAUCGAGCAGUGCCCCCAUGAUCAACCAGCUGGUGCCUCAAGGUCCUGUCUCUGCACCCCCAACUCCCUCGGCUGCCAGGGAGGUGGUGCUUGGAGAUGUCCAGGGAAGUCAGCCUCGGGUGCGGCGCUUCAGCGCCUCCUUUGGACCUGUUUCUCCUUUGUCUCCUGGUAGUACCCGAGGGAGUGGGCCACUUCGUGUAUGCCAGUUGCGUGUUGAAGAAGGCAUGGAUGUUGUAAACCGUGAAGCUGCCCAUGAACGCACAGUCCAGUCAACUCUUCAGAUUACCGACUGUUUGUCUCAGUCAUGGGAAGAUCUUACUUUAACUGAAGAUGUUGCCCGGCCUAAGUCUCACAGUGUGAGUGGUGGAAGUAUACCCGGCACUAUGGCCAGCUCUAUUAAUGUACCCAGCAGUAGUGUGGCUUCAAGUGUAUCAAGUUCUAUUACUGGAACUACAGGCAUGCCCAUCGUGCGUAGAGAUUAUACAGACCCUCUCCACCUAACCAUAGUCCCAACAGUGACUCCCCUCACUGGAUGUGGUGCCUCCCCCACGAGGGGUGUUGGACGUCAGUGCUUCUCCCCUUCCCUUCAGCAACAUGUCCGCAACACCUCCUUCUGCCCCUCUCCAUCUCCUACUAAAAAGACUUUUGCUACAAGACGUAGCCUAAGUCCCAUUGCAUUACGGCCAUCACCACUUGGAGCAGGUCUCAAGCGCAAGUGGGAAAUGGAUGAACGUUGCGAACCCUUCCUAACGCCUAGCAAGCGUGCCUCCACAUGCACCCCUGAUCGCUGCAUAGGGGGAUUACUUAUUACUCAGCCUCACAGUGUUGGCAGUCUAGAGAGUACACCAAGCCCUGCAGGUCCAGGGUCACUUGGGAGUGUUGGUACUCCAGAAUCUGUAUGUUCCUCUGGAUCUCCUGGUCUCUCCACAGCACCAUAUUCACCAGCAUCUUUGGCUGAAACCCCUGCCCCAACGCCUGAUCCUCCACCUCACUUAUUCAAGCCAGUUUCUCCAGCAUUAACAACAGAUCAAACAGCCUCAUUUUCCAAUCAGGAUCAUUCUGAUCGCUUUGGAGCACAGGAUCAUGGGAAUCGCUUUGGAAGUCGAGAUCAUAAUGAACGAUUCGGUAGUCAAGAACAUGAUGUGGCAGGUGCACUUCUCUUUGCAAACCCUAUUGAUGAUCGCUUUGGAGGAAGAGAGGUGCGGGAUCGUUUCAGCAGCCAAGAGCAUAACGAACACUUUGGUGGCCAAGAGCAUACGAGUCGUAUUGGUAGUCGAGAGCACAGGGACCAGUUCGGCAAUCAGGAGCACGGAGACCAGUUUGAUGGACAAGUAAAAGGAGCUGACACUAGUGAUGGAAGCAGCAGUGAUGCUAUGAUUACUGAGGAUGUACCUACUACUGACCUCAAAAGUUACCAGGAUAUGGACCUGAGUGAAUCAUUAACACAACCUCCUCUCAACAUCUGA